AGCGACAUUCAUCACAUACGCACACUCCAAGUCCACACGUGCAUGCGCAGGUGUGCGCAGAGAGACAUUCAUCAUAUGCACACACUCCAAGUCGACACGUGCAUGCGCAGGUGUGCGCACAGCGACAUUCAUCACAUACACACACUCCAAGUCCACACGUGCAUGCGCAGGUGUGCGCAUAGCGACAUUCAUUAUAUGCUUUGAGUGUCUUCGUGCUGAGAGAGGAGACACAGGAACCCUUCUACAUGUGGACGUUGGAGCACGUAGUCUUCCUCCACCCUCCGAGCCACUUUACAGACAGGAAGGUGGGCGAAGCAGACGAGCCUAAACAUACGUCGGCUAUGGCUUGUCUGUAUGCUGUGUUUGGUUAGUGGCGUCACUUGAUUGACACCGAUGGAGUGAGCCAUAGGCGCUAAUCACCCAUCAUUGGCCGUUCAAUCUUGCCUUUUCAUUGUGCUUGCUUGGUUUUGCAGCCACUCAAGGCGAUAAAGCUUGACGACAUUCACACAAUCGAGCAGGAUCAACACGUCGUGUCGCUGUACGACCGAGACGACACUCUGCUACUGUCUCUCCAGCCGACCAACAACGACAGAGACCUGCUGAUUGGCCAAGCCAUCGAGGAUCAAAGAUCUGAGACUUUAGAGGAGCCGUUUCAAGAGACACCCCUCAAGCAGGACAGCCUCUUGAUCCCACUGCGCUCUCAAAGUGAUGAGCAGCUGAAGCCGUCGGUGUUCUGUUCGGCUCAACCUUCCAUCCAUGAGAUGACGGAAGCGCAGCAGGACCCGCAUGUGACGUUGGUCCCCAGCGGCGUAGCAGCAGUGGCCCAGGUCAUCCGUGCGGCGAAAGAGGCGAGGAAAAUUCUGCUGGAGACCUAUGCGGGAGAAGCUGAGGGAAAAGCAGCAAGUGCUUUCUCUCUUGAUGGCCCAGUGGUGUGUUCGGCCUGCUUCUGUAUGGUCAAUGGUCAAUGCGCACACAUCUGGUGGACUCAUGACGGACUGGUAAGCGCAACUGGUCACCGAGGAGAAAAGCACCUUUUUGUCUAUUUCCCUUUUUUUCUUUCCUUGUUUUUUCAGGUGCUCAAUGUGGUCUCGGACGAUUCAAACAUGACCCACGGCUACUUCGUGAAGGACAUGUCAGAACCGACACUUGAGGAGACGGUAGUCUCCCUCGGAAUCAUCAGAGUAAGCGCACCACGUCGUGUGUAUGCUGAAAUGAGAUCCGUGUUUUCUUCUGUGUCUCGCCAGCUGGCAUUCACCGAUCCCCUCACUGCCGAGUCCUUCAGCCGCAUUAUCGCCUACCUAAAGACCCAACAAAUAUCAGAUGGCCAGGAUGAGGCGCUGCAGAAGCAGAGACGUGAUGCCAUCACGAGCUUCUACGCGGGCACCGAGUCGCAGCGGCCCUCCGUGACCUCGACUUAUCGCCGCCCCUCUGUGGCCGACGGUGGCAAGACCGGCACGCCACUGGUGAUAACGCACAGAGAGACAGAAUGUGAGAGACGUGAGAGCAAUGCUGUGCCUUCUGUCAGGCAAGGGCAGCUGCUGAUCGAUUACGGUACCUUCGGUGCAAAAAUAGGAAGAUUCUCACUCAAGUUGCGACGAGGGAUCAUCCCCUGCUAUCCUCGUGAGCAAAUGAUAAGAAACGUGUCCACAACGUGUCCUCACCUUCCUGCAUUUUGCAGGCUUAAAUACAACACCUUCUCUACACAUGCCCAGCGCUUUGCGGCGUUAGAAGCAUCUUUAAUAGGCAUGAUCACCAUCUCUUCCCUCUUCUUCUGGUCCAAUUGCGCCACCGUCCAUAUUGUCGGACACCAGAUUGACCCGUAUGUUGACUCGGGCGCCGUCUACUUGUCCCGGGUGUGUGACCCUCCCACGGUGACGCAUCUGCCGUCCGCUGCCACAGUGACUGUGUCGGUAUUGUCCUUUGUCAUCGCCUCGGCUGUCGACUUCGUCAUUUAUGCGCUCUUCAGGAGAUUUGUGAUUGAAGUGAGGGAAGAAGAGAUAAGAGAGACGCGUGUGUGCUCGGAUAUGUCUCGUGGAUCUCUUUGCUCGUUUGCAGGAUGAGAUGUCUGCUGCCGAGAAAGGGAUGCAGGUCCACCUUUGGAGGGUGAUGGACUUCAUUGGCUGGACGCUCUGGACAUCGUGGAAUGUCGCCUGUGUCGGGUGGGAUGUCCUGUUUAUUGGGGUGAGUGAAGCUGCUGCAAAUGGAUACCAAAGCGCUCGGACAUACGUGCUGCCGUCCCUGUGUGGGUUGCAGAACCAGCAAGACGUGUUGAUCGGCCAGUGG